AGCGUUCCGUUGUGCUACGCGCGCGCGGUCUACGGUGCUCACUUGUACACGGAUAGCGUGUGUGUUGUCGGUUAUUCCAGGUUUACGAUUAGGAUAAGGUUUAAGGUGCCAGUGAGGUGCUUUACGGAAAGCUGGAGAAACUUGUUGGACUCUCCAGGGUGCUUCCACGAGGAAUCUGCGCUGAAAGCAGCGGUACUUGCGCGAAAAUAACGAGUGUUUGUGCAAAAAUUUACGAGCUUGAGGUAUUACAAUUGAAGAGGAGGUAACCAAGUGUGGAAAACGCUUCUUCAAAGUGGUGCGCGUUGUGUGUUGCUUAAUAACAGAGAUCCCCCAGCUAAAUACAACCGCAGAAGAGACUUCAGGUUGUAGCGUUCACAAGGGUCUGUUUUUGUGUGAGGUGAUCCAGUGUGCAUCGAGGGAUAACAGAGAAAAGGAGAAUACACAGCAGAAGAAGGGGAGAAAAAGUGGUGUUCCCUUUCGGAAGAAGAAUACGACAAGUGGAGGAAGAAAACCGUCGUUGAAGAUCUUCACUGAAAGCUUGCGCAAGUUGUCGUCGUUCUGCCUGGUGAGCAACCUGUACAGAAGAAGCGCCUGCUGCAGACGUCAACGGAAAGAAAAGCGGCGGCAGCGGCUAGAAGAAUUAACGAACGAGAAGCGGCAGAACAAGUUGUGGUAGAUUCCUCUGGCCACCAGCAACUUGUUUUUGUAGACCGGCUCAGGAGGCAUCGCUAGACGACUUGUACUAGGUCGCUUUGCCUGCUACUGCCGUGGUAGGUGAGAAGCAGCAAGGAGAAAACGGCGACGAGUCUCGCGUGGUUCUGAAGUUAUAAAAUGUAGCCGUUGAGGCCAGCCAGCCACCCUUACAACGAUGGAAUCGAACAUUUUCGACGUCGCCGAUGACAUGUCAUUCCCCUGGUUGCCGGCGUACGCCGAGGCAAUCGAACAGCAGCAGCAGCAUCAUCACCAGAACCAGCACCAACACCCGGUCAGCCCGCUGCUGUCCACCGGCGUCGCCACUUCGAGCCGAAUGCUGGAGACCAUCGUGGAGGAAACCUCUUCCGAUGAUGAUGCCGGCGAUGGAUCGCGCAGCGGCAGCCGCAGCCGACAGUCCCGGCCGAGGACUUCGGAGGGGGAGUGCUGCCCGAACGGGUGGUCCCAGUACGACCAGGUGUGGAGUUCGGCCGGGUCGGACACGGGUUCGGUGAUACGGGUUGAUACGCCCUCUGACCAAGAUGCCAUGUCGGAACGAGACUUUAUCUGCCCUCCAAAAAGAAGGAGGCAGGAUCAGCAUGAUCGGGUAGACGGAACCUGUAGUAACAGCGAAAGCGCAAGCAGUAAUAGCAGCAGCAAUGAAGAGUUGUUCAACGGAGCAGGAAGUACUGGGGAGUUGACAGUCAUUGUGACGGCUCCGCCGAACGUGGCGUUAACCACCAGCGGAGGAUACUACGGAGGUAUCGGAGGACUCAGGAAGGCCCGAUACUGCGAACUUGAUCAACAGCAGCAGCAGCAAAGUCUGGAAGUGAAUGAAUAUUUCAUGAGGAGACACAAUGAACCGAGACUCCGCUUCGACGAGAUCGGCCAUGAUCUGUUUGCCGCAACCUGCGGCGGUCCCGAUUCGGACAGUCUGUCGUACGCGUCGCUGAGCCGGUCCUCGUCGCUGAUCCAGUUCGAGUCGUUGGAGCGCCAGCUGCAGAACGAGCUCCAGGCGGUGGGCUCCGGCUCGGUUCCGUCGCUGUACUCGGCCGACCCACCUGUCAACGGUGUGGGCGUCGCGGAAGGGUUCUACAGUCCCGCGAAGAAGCCGCCGCCGCCGUCGCUGGGCGGUGCGGUGAAGUUGAAGGUUGGCGGUGGGGUUGGAGUGAACGGGGUGAAGCAGUCGCAACCGGUGCUGAACAACAGUGAUUCUGAGCUGUACUCGUCGUCGGCCAGUAGUGGUGGAGACAGCAGUGGAGGCAGCAGCUGUAACUAUGCCAGUGACGAGUGUGACUUGAACCAGCACACGCCCAGUCCGAGCAGUGAGGAAAGUGGGCGGGUGGCUAAGGGUAGUUCCUCGGACGAGGCGGACGGACCGGUGCAGCAGCUGUUGCUGGUGCGGUCCUGUCCUCAGCGGUGCUCGGAACGGCGGCUGAACCGCCAGAACGCCGCCAAGAACUCGAUCGAGAGUUUGAGUGAGGACAGCGGAUAUUGUGACCAUCUGCACUUUAACAUGAACAACCUGCGGGUGCGGUCCAAAAGUUUGACGAAUUUCGGCGGUUCCGCAGACAACGUAAACAUGUUUGCCGAGCCGGUUGAUUUCUACGAGCGGCCGUCGUUUCAGGAGAACCGCCUGUCGACGGUGUGCGACGUGGACGAGGAGGAAGAGGAGCAGCCGCCGCAGCAGGUCACCGGCGAAUCCAAUAAGUACGAGGAACAGCGCUGGUACGGCGCGAAAACCAAUAUUCAUAAUUGUACAAAAAUAGAUUUAGACGCAAGUAAACAGCAACAGCAGCAGCCAUUCGUCGUGCAGACCAAAGUGAUGCCAACGUCGUCGUCAUCCUCGUCCUCCUCCGCAUCAACGACGCCGACCUCAUCCCAGAACGCGUCCACCGAUUCGCUCGAGCGACCGAUCUCGACGUCGGACCUGGAUCGUCACCAACCGAAACCUAAAAAUAGCAAUCAUCGGGAUGAGUUUGCCGCCGCCAGCCGAAAGCGGCCGCGGGCCGUCAUUUCGGCCAGUUCGCCCGAUCUGUUCGGAGUGCACGCAGGUUUGCAGGUGCCGCGCAGCCGGAAACAACCCUCGUCGUCGCGCAAGACGUCCAGCGAUCUUCUGGAGUUUAGUGUUUCCAGCGUGCCGGAGUGUUUGAACCUUUACGGUGGCGGAAUUGAUUACGGUCAGUCCGAGUCGUUGGAUUCGCUGAGUGAAUCGGGCGCGAGUUCCGGAAAUUACUGCUCGUGGAACGUUCCGCAGGAGUGCUCGGUCGCGAGUAAGAAUUUUGAUCUGUACGAUCUGCAAGAGGCGAAGACUGCCGUGGUGAAGAAGGUUACGUUUCAGCCGGGGGUGGUUGCGAAACCUCGGGUGAACAUUCGUGCUAGUUACGCCAACUUGACGGUGCUGGACUAUAGUGAUGAGGAAGAGGGUGGUGGCGGUGGACGGCAGUAUUAUCUAAACAGAAACACGUUCAGAACGAGCAGUGGGACGCGGUUGGGCGGAGUGCGGGAAAUGGCGGGUAACGGGGAAGACGAAGGACGGAUCUUUCCGGUUGAGGGUGAGGAGAAGGACGUUUUUAACUCACUGCUGGACGAGAUUUCGGCGCACUUUGAUCGGAACCUGUCGAUCAUCAACGAUCAGGCCGAAGCGUACGAGCCGAUCGCGGCGUUUUUGCACGAACAGCGUUCGGGGCAGGCAGCGUCGGUGACGCCAUUUUCGGCGCUCGUGGCUGCCCCGCAGCCCCCUCCCCGACGAACGCAAAUCAAAACAAACCCUCACCACUCGCAGCAGGUUACGACGAUUGUCGUGCAGCCGCCGGAUGUGAAGAAGCGUACGUUCGAUCAGGAUCCAACCAACCUGGUGACCUGCUACGCUGCGAGUUUGGAGCGGUGCACGUUCGAUCCGAGCGAAUCUUCGCUUAAUUUGUACGGUAGUAAGAGCAGUGAGCUGAAUCAACCGCGGGGCUACGCCCCCGUCAAGCGUGAGUUUGUCGCGAGCACCCCCAACCUCAACUACUACUACAGCGGUGGAAGUGGUUACGGCGAGUGCGAGGAAGGACUGCACAACUCACUGAAGAAUGUGUCCUGCCUGGAAAUCGGCAGCCGCAGUACCGGCAUCCUGGCCACCGCCAGCAGCUCCAAGUGCGGCCUCUCCAAGGGGGUCAGCUUCUGUCCGAUCGUGUCGGAGAUUAUCUGGAAGGAUAACUGCUCCGAGCUGGACCCGGACGACGACAACGCGAGCGUCAUCUCGAACCAGGACUUUGAGAUCGACGUCGACGACGAGGACUUCGAGCCGGACGACGCAGAACACGCGAACCUGACCCAAACAAACACCCUUCUAAACGCCAACAGCAUCGAGACGGGCCUGUGCGAGCUAAUGAACGAUCCGUCAUCAACCAGCCAUCAUCAACGAACCGCCGACAAUCAUCAACUUCGUGUGCCGACGCCACCCGAACGAUCGCCGAGAGAGAACGACGCUGACGUCACCAUCUGCUCUCUCUCGCGAGAGAGCGCCUCCGACGAUCACGAGCGAGACGGCGCUAGUCCGUCCAACGUAAACAACAAUGCAACGACGACGACGCCACUUCCAGCCCAGCUGGAACUGCUCAGUAACGAAGUGAUCACCGCCGAGGAAAGAACACCGACGAUGGCGUCCGCGAUCGCGAAUGGUGACGCUAGCAGAAAUCUGAUCGCCGCAGAAGCUACGGCGGCUAUAAGUGAUGAUCAGCAGCAGGCUCAGGGGGCGGCGGCGGCGACUUCGCCGCCAAAGUUUGUCAACAACAACAACAAUCUGAUCAAGAACUUCAAAAACGGUAAGGCCGAGAAGAAGGGCAAAACGUUCCUGUCGCGGCUGUCGUCGGGCUUUCGGUUUUCGUUCCGCGGGAAGGGCAAGAAGAACAAAGAUGGUGUGGUUGGUGGGAAGACUGGCAACACUGGAAGCGCCGGUGGCGCUGGACGUAGUGAUAAACAGCAGAGCAACGAAAAAGUGUCGGCCGAUUUUAUUUAUAUCCCGCUGAAGGAUCCGACCGCGAAGCAGGGUCACUCAAAUGGAAUCAAUAACGGUGAAAUUGAGCCUGCCGCCUGCGGGGUCAACGACGAUGAUGACGACGAGGAGCGCUAUCUCCGCCAGAUGAACACGGUUGGGCUGGAGAGUUGCGAGGCCGACGAACUGGACAGGGCUUACGACGACGCGUCCGAUGUAACGUUCCGUUCGGAUUCGAUUCUGAACUCGACCGCAACCAGCGGCACUGGCAACACUUUUGCCGGCCACAAAAACCACGUGUUGAGCGGGAAACCACCCCUGCCGAAGCAACCCCCGCGCGUCGUUGGUGUGUGUGCCAAGCGGUCUGGCCCGGCGGUGGCUCGAGCGCAUGCCCAGCACCGAGCCUCGUCGACACCGCCGAGGACGGAAAUCGAUCUGGACGAGGAUGGCUCGUUCCGUCAGUACGCGGCCGAGCCUGAUACGUCGCGAACGUCCUCCGUAGCGGGCCAACGUCGGUACAGGGCCAACAGCAGCACCACAAGUGCGGUCCACCAUCAUCCUGCUGCAGCUGCCGGUGACACCAACUUCUUCAACCACAUCAUGGGCAGUGAGCAGAAAAUCGGUCUCAUCGAGACCAACCUGGACACCCACGAGACGGUCAUCUCCGGGAAGACGCGCUCGCUCAUGGAACUGGGCGGACCCAACCAGCUGCAAGUGCAUCAAGUGGUGAUUAGUGGCGGAAACGGUUGUGGCGGGGGGCCUGGGGGGAAGGUUAAUGGGAUUAAGGACCACCGCCAGACGGCGGCGAAUGGCUGCGGCGUCAAUGAACCCGGAAGGCCCCACAAGAGUAUGGAGUUUCUGUUGGAUAAGGAGAAUCAGCGAAAUGUUUUGCCCCCGGAGAACGAACUCCAAAAGUCGCACGAAACCGGCACCAACCUGAGCGAACACCAGCUGCGCGUCCAGGCGUCCCUGCAGCGGCUCAACAUCCCCGACUGGUACAAGCAGUACUCGACGGGCAAGGAUGGCGGCCACCCGAACAACCCCAACGCCCCACAAGCCCCGCCGGGAACCUGCGCCGGCACCGGAAUCCUGCGCAAACGCAACUCGGACGUCGGCCGGUGGACCGGCCUCAGCUCGAAGACGACCUCGCUCAGCUCGCUGGGUUCGCACCGGUCCGACCGGAGCCCCGUCAUGCUGAGUCCGUCCGCGCACAGCCACACCGGCGGCCAGACCGGCUUCUCCCGGUGGUCCACGUCCCAUCUCAACUCGAACCAGACGUCGCCGAGCGUUUCGACGCGCGGUUCGUUCACCCGCGGCGGACUCAACGCCAGCGUCAUCAGCGGCUACUCGACGGCGUCGACGACGGUCGGGGCGACGGCCGCGGCCGGUGGCGCCCCCGGCACCAUCCGGAACUCGUUCCGGCAGCCGUACCUCGGGUGGCGAAGUCAGGAGAAGCUGUCGCAGCCGCGGACGCCCGCCGAGAGACUCGCGUCCUCGCUGCUAUCCCAGCAGAAAGCCAAGGAACAGCAGCACCAACACCACCACCAAAACCAGAAAUCGGACCCCGUCGUGACGCCGGAGAUCCAGUCCUCCAUCAAGGAGGUCACCUCCGCGAUUGUACAUUAUGUAAAUGACCAAACCAACCGACACUCGCGCAGCCGGUCCACUAGUCCAAGCCAAAGAUGUUGGCUAGAAAGUUCGUUCGUCGGAACCCGGCCGCUCGACUCGCCCCAAACGCCAAUGAUCGAGGGUCAGAAUCAGCAGCAGCACCAGUCCCAGCUGGCCGGUGACCACUACCGGUACAAUGCCGGCCGGAUGAACGGCGUCGCCUCAUCACCGACGUCGGCGGCGGCAAUCGUUCCGACCUUUUCCCUGCCCCCGGACCAGCAGUCGCCCGGAUCGGCCACCCUCGAGGACGUGCUGGCCUCGCUCCUGGGGCUGCCGGCGGAAUCACACAGGUCCUCAGCUUCCAGUAACCACACGCUGCAGAUCGAGCAGGUCCAAACGCGGCGCCGCAGCGAAGGAGACGCCAGCCGACGGCAGCGCAACGACAGCGGUUCCGGGUCGGUCAUCAACAGUGUUGCCAGCAACAGCAUCGUCGCCAACGCCAACGCAACCGCCAACAGCCGCCGGGUGUCACUGGACUCGUGUGACACGGCCACGGGGGCUUCGUCGGUGGUCCACGGCAAGGGUCACACCGGCGGGGAGAUUCUCAAGUGUCGCUAUCCAAAGUGUGACGCCGUGGCUACGAUCGCGGAAGCCCGAAAGUCGUACAAAAGCUGCCACAACUGUUCCCAUCUGUACUGCUCGCGGGAGUGCCGGAGGGCACACUGGGAGCGCCAUCGGAAGGCGUGUCUUCACUCGCGGAUUUCCGCCCUAUGUCGGCUGGUGCUGUCCACCUGCAAGGACGAUGCGGACACCCUGCGCCACCUCAGUGUGCUGGCCCGGCGCGGGUACUUGUCGCAAGGACGGGGUGUUGUUAGAAUACUAUUUCGCAGUCCGGAGAACGCGGACUCGUUCAUCAAGCAGGGCUUUCAGUGUCUGGGGGAAGUGUCGUACGUCCGCUGGCCAGAUCUGCUACCGGCCGAGAUGGGCCCCGAGCUGUACUCGGAACUGUUGAAACUGGCCACGGAGUACAAGCCGGACUCGAAGAUGUUGAUUUACGUGGCGAUUUGCGUCGUGUCGGAAGCUCCGGGUAAUGCCACCGCACCGGUCAAGUGGGAACGCCAGCUGGUGUCGCGCUGUGCCAAGCUCAAGCUGUGCCGGUCGGUUCUCAGCGAGAUCAGCAACUCCCCCGAGGGCUCCCAGCGUCCAAAUGCCAAGAAAGAGCCCACCACCGAGGUGCUCAUCCUGACCUUCAACAUCCUGUCCAAAACGACCCAACGCGCCCGGGAGCUGGUCUCGCAGAACAUCCAGACCGUGCUCCGCCAGCGGGGCGUCAUCCUGCGCAAGCAUUACCCGGAAGUCUUCCAGCGGCUGGCCACCUUUGUCGAGGGGUCCACCGAUCGCUUUCUGCCGGUGACGUUGCACCCGCGGGACAACGCCACCGGCCGGGCCUUCGUGUGCAUCCUGAUGCCGAACUACGGCGGCGACGCCGACAAGCUUCAAUUUCCAAUCUCGGAGAACAGCGACGACGACGAGCGGGUAGUGACGAUGGACGUCGGGGCGGGCGAUCUAUCGUCCGGGGUGGCGACGACGACGGUGCCCAUGGUCAUCGAAGUGGUGGAGCCUUAAAAGCUUGUUAUGGAUUCUUACAGCCACGAGGGUCGACGAUACGGAGCAUCGAGAAGGUUGUAAUAGUAUAGUUAAAAUUCGACAAUGGUCUACGUUUUUUGGUAACAUCAUCACCACCCCGAGCUUAUCCGAAAAGGUAGAAAUUUGUGUAAUGAUGAUGGAAGUAUUUCGAGAAGUUCUCUAGAUUUUCGCUAAUUACACUGACCUACCAAAAUUGACAAAAAUGACUGCGCACACUGCACGAACAAACCCAGUCAAUUGAAUUGGAAUUCUGAAAAAAACGCAACAACCGGUACGUACACGGAAUACGUUGUUGCGUUUGAAACGGAAUUCGUAA